AGAACGUGAAGUAGUACAGAUGGCCAGAAGGCAGACAGAGACAUUUGACAUUUUCACUCAAAUUUUUCAAGACUUAAUGUUAUUUCCUGUUCGUUUAGUUUCGUUCUUUAUUUUUGAAAGAUGCAAUUAAAAUUUAGCGUUGUGUUUAAUGUGACCAGCCACUCAGAGGUCAGAGCCACUCGUGGAACUAAAUAUUGUGUGAUCAUUGCAUCUUGCUCGAGACAUAAACACGUUAGUUCUAAUAAUUUGAAGUCUUUUCGAUUUGCUUGGAACAUAUCAAAUGAUUUCAUAUGAUAUGAGUGAAUGAAGAAAUUGCAAGGUCAACCGUUGGGAUAAGAUUACGUGGGUCUCAAAUAGUCCAACACCUAACACUGCAUAAAAAAUAACUAAGGGGACGGCAACUGUCUAUGUCAAUGUGAUCCAACAGGUUGUGAAAUGGGAUCUCUUGAUGUGAUCAAGUGUGCUGACCUUACUUUCCUGUUGCCAAUAAUGUUCGAUUGAAGAGCUUUUCCGGUACGAAUGUCGCCAUUUGCUGAAUCGGCGAUCAAAAAUUCAACAUGGCAACGUAAAAAAUAGGAACAUACUCAAGCCAUUUGUCAUCAAGUCUCCAAUGGUCCAAAACGGGACCUACCACCUACACCACAGGAAUAACUAAUAGAACAGUAACUGUCUACAUAAGGUGAUCCAACAGAAAAUUUCACUCUUCUUCCCACAAGUGCCAACAACGUGAUAAAAAGUGAACUCUUCCACACUGUCAGAAAAUGAAAAAUGUUUUCAACCACAUGAUGAAUUUCUAGAAGGGGAAACCGUGUCAAGUACAGCUCAGUGUUAGCCUUCGUGUCAGAAAAUUUCUGGUUGGGAAGACUGUAGCAGUUUUGGCGGCUCGUUCUAUGCACUCUGCACUGAUCUUGAAAAUCAACAUUUUAAUGAAGGCAAUUCAUUAAUACUGAACCAAUGUGGUGCUGUGCGGGGUGGCUUGCUAAUGCCUUUAUUACCUCAGCAGCAAAGGUCGAUGAUUCUUUUGAAAAACGCUUUGAUAGCUGGAAUCAAUCUUUCAUCAAAAUUUAAUGCACCUGGUCAACCUUCAGGAAUAGAAAUUGGGCAACCUAUUUUUGGUUCCCUAUUGUUGGUGUCACUAAUCGUGGUCCCCCCGGAAACAAGACAUUCAGUUGGCCCCGGCUUGCAGCUUGCUCGUACUCGAACUGCACCUCCGUUAAUGAGCCAAUAUGGAUACGGUUGGUUCAACAACUCCCUUGCCUCCUCAACCAAUUCAGAUCGCAGCCGACAGCUCUGUUCAACCGUUCAAAGAGUGGCAACAAUCGCUGGACACUGAACUGCGUUCCCAUACAAGGCAUAAAAUCGCUCUGGCAAUCGCACCUACUCCAGAUGUCUACGCCAAAUUGUUGGAGCAUCAUGAUAUAGUGGGUUUUGUUGUGAAACUGGAGAGUGACAUGUACGACAUUUCCGAUUCGCUCUCCGAAUACUGUAAACUCGCAGAUGCUAUAAUGUUGUACUUUAAAGAAAUCCCGUAUGAAACAUAUUUACAACACAAACAGGCAAAGGUAACACUAAGUCAUGCUCUGACAAUGCCAUUGCAACAAUUUACUUCCACGCCUUUGAGUCAUGAUCCGAUGUCUGGUGAUCCGAUUCCACUUCAACAACAGCAGAUGAUUCUUUUGAGCAAGAUGAUGGAACAACUGAAUGAAAACAACCCUUCUUAUGCCUGUCAGUGUGUUCCUCUUAGUUCCACAAAUCACGUUCCUGCUCAAAACCCGACACUACAGUCUCAGGAGAAAGGAAUCGAUUCGACCACGGCUUGCCCAUGGAGUCCCCAGAACAUGAGCCAGUGUUGGCACCAGCGACAGCAAUUCACAUCAGUGCCUGCUAUCGGCACUCAGUUGUCAGCUCGGACUCCAUAUUGCGAUUUCACCACGGAUCCCUUCUGUAAAAAUCUACUGCCAUGUCAUGACAUAGACGAUCCUAUUCAACCGCAUUUCGCGCAAACAAAUUGCCAAUCCUUCCAGGAACAACAACCAGAACCUCCAAGCGACAACCCUGUUUUGAGGUCUAAUGUGCCAUGGAUUGAAGAAUCUGAACAGGAACAGUUCGGAACCGUGCCAAGAAGCGGAAUGAAUAUGCUCCCUUCGAUUUUGUGCAGUUCCGAGACAACAGAGGGAAUGAACCGAAUCCGAAUGCCCAACGAACUCAUGCAACAACUGCAACAAAUAUCUGACAUGGUGCCAUUAAGUCUGGAUCGUUGCAUUGAACUACUAUAUCAAAGUCUUCCUGGGUGGUCUCAAAUCAAUGUUGUGAACAAUCCCGUCAACAGUCGUUUGCCUUUCUCCCGUGCCAAUAUCAAUCUAAACGUGUCUCAGCAACAGUAGCAGCAACUUACUAGAAGAUACAAGUCAGCUUUAAUAAGUGCAGAUAGAUGUUACGAAAAAAACAGAUAUGUUAGUAGUAUUGUAUACCAGUUUAACCAUUUCAUUUUAGCGGUGCGGGAUGAAUAUCGUUACCGAUUGUGUCCAAAGAACGGAAUCAACAAAUUUGUCAGCAACAACUACGAUUUGGCGUUGUCCAGGUCUCCAUUAAAUUUGGUUCUGGUUGAUCCAUUCUAGCGUGUUUGAAUCCCUCGUUUGAUUUGAAUUGAUCGAAACUGCUCGUUUGCAACGUUAUCCGCGAAAACGGGUAGGGUAAAUUAAGCGUCUUCUUUACUGCAUUUUUUGUUUAUUGAUUAAUCCGUAACACAGAGAAGUUUUAAACAUUGUCAUGUUCGUGUGUUUCAUUUGAAUUUGAGUUAAAUAAGGGAUCGUUUUUUAAAUAUCUAGACUGUUGUGUAAAAUCCCUAUCAUAUUUCAUCUGUCCUCAUCAUUCCGUUAAAUUUUGUUUGCGUUUCUUUGUUUAUGUGUUAAGUCAGAUUCAUAACCUGACUGACUGUUAGAGUUAGAAACAAAUGAAUUAAAAACGUUGUAUGGCACGGAAUUAAAUAAUAGCAACCGAAUUCUUUGAUUUAA